AUGUCUGCAUCAAUGUUUUGGCAGCAACUGCUUCUCCUUCUCUUCUUCAAUGUGGCAAGGACCCAGAGCUCCUACCUUAACUGUAGCAUAGACACAAGAUAUCCUCUUCGUUUCGUUGGAUUCUUUCCCUGUCUCAACCAAUGGGAUGAAGAAGGAGACUGUGAUAGGCUAACCCUCACUGCAGUGAAAAGAGCUAUAGCAGAAAUCAACCAAGACACCAACAUAUUGAGAUGCUUUAAAAUAGAAAUGCUCCCCAUUACUGUUAAGGAUCCAGUAGUAGGAGAUGCAAAUGGAACCGAUUGUACUGACAAUGAAAUGAAGGAAGCUAUAGAAUCAACUCUGUUUGUUGACAUGCAAUUGUCUACACUGGCAGAUAUAAACUAUGAAGAAAGGAACACAACAUUGGGAAUUUUAAACAACAACGGAUCACUAACAGAGACUGACUUUUAUUCUCUCUUACAUUCAAAAGUAUUUUAUGCUUAUGAUGCUGCUAGAAUACUUGCUCUAACAUGGAAUGUGACCAUUGACAAUUAUACCACAGAGGAAUUACAUAAUUUUCUUAACCAAUCCUGGAAGAUUUCAAAUUCAAAUCAAAGUAAAACUCUAGUACAAAAACUCCAGCAAAAUUUAUUCAAUGUUGUCAGCCCAUAUACUGGAUUGGCUGGAUCAUAUGAUUUUGAUAAAAAUCAAGGAAAACAGGGAUCAGCCAUUGUAACUCAAUUUACAGGUGGAAAAGAGUGCAUCAUAGGCUAUUAUGACUCAACUAACAGCACUAACUUGCAGGAAUGUGACACUGAGUUUUGCUGUAAUGUGACAUGGAAAGGAUGUAAUCAACCAAUGGAUGGAUUGUGUCCUAAUGGCUCAUGCACUUGCAGGCAACCUUUUGAUAGCAGCAUAAUGACAUCUUACAUUUCUAUAACAGUGCUCUUAAGCAUUGGAGUUGUAAUCAGUAUGCUCCUACAGAUUUAUAAUUAUCAUUUGAGAAAUAACAAAUAUUUUAAAGGGUCAUCACCCAUUCUAAAUGCUAUCAUUACAUUUGGCUGUACAUUGGGAUAUGCUAAUGGUUACUUGUUUCUUGCUAAUUAUUACAUAGGAAUGACUGGUAAUGGAAACCUAAAACCAAUAUGCAAUGUGACAGUAUCAUUGUUCUGGCUCUCACAGUUACUGAUCAACUCAACCAUAUUAAUGAAAAACUGGAGAAUUUUCCGAAUAUUUCACAACCCAUCACAGAAAAAUAGAAAUAAUCUAUCGAAUGUGAAGCUAUUUCUUGGAAUAGGUGUCACCUCUGCUCCUGUAAUUGUGGCACUGACAGGAUCAUAUGAUUUUGAUAAAAAUCAAGGAAAACUGGGAUCAUCCAUUGUAACUCAAUUUACAGGUGGAAAAGAGUGCAUCAUAGGCUAUUAUGACUCAACUAACAGCACUAACUUGCAGGAAUGUGACACUGAGUUUUGCUGUAAUGUGACAUGGAAAGGAUGUAAUCAACCAAUGGAUGGAUUGUGUCCUAAUGGCUCAUGCACUUGCAGGCAACCUUUUGAUAGCAGCAUAAUGACAUCUUACAUUUCUAUAACAGUGCUCUUAAGCAUUGGAGUUGUAAUCAGUAUGCUCCUACAGAUUUAUAAUUAUCAUUUGAGAAAUAACAAAUAUUUUAAAGGGUCAUCACCCAUUCUAAAUGCUAUCAUUACAUUUGGCUGUACAUUGGGAUAUGCUAAUGGUUACUUGUUUCUUGCUAAUUAUUACAUAGGAAUGACUGGUAAUGGAAACCUAAAACCAAUAUGCAAUGUGACAGUAUCAUUGUUCUGGCUCUCACAGUUACUGAUCAACUCAACCAUAUUAAUGAAAAACUGGAGAAUUUUCCGAAUAUUUCACAACCCAUCACAGAAAAAUAGAAAUAAUCUAUCGAAUGUGAAGCUAUUUCUUGGAAUAGGUGUCACCUCUGCUCCUGUAAUUGUGGCACUGACAGUAAUUCAACUAAUAAAACCUUUAGAAGUGCAUCAAGCUUCAUUUAAGAACUACCAUUGUCCUGGCUUUCCUGAUAACAUAGAAGCAUCACUCGUAGAAGAUCAUUGCAUUGUAUCACUAACAUUAAGAUGGGAUGCUUUGAUUUUAUUUUACAUCAUCUUUCUCUUAAUCAUAAUCAUUUUCCUGGGGUCUUUUAACUGUCGUAUACCAGGGCAUUUUAAGAAUGAGGGAGAAUUGGCCAUUCUUGCAGGAGCUAUGACUCUAUUGCUAUUUAUUGUUUAUAUGGCAAUUACUCUUGUAUUGUCUAAUGGCAACCCUGAGUCUAUAAUGAUUAAAGAUCAGCUGGCUUAUGCUGGUGGAUUCGUACUGGCUUAUAAUUCAUUUAUUUUGUUUGCCUUGUAUGGAUCUAAGGCUAUCCUGCUAUUUAGAGACAAAAAAGUAAAGCCAGUGAAAAGAAAAUCAACCAUAAGAAGGAAGUUUAGUGACUUACAUGAUGAAAUCUUUACGCUGAAACGCCAAUUGGAAAAGAUGGAUGCUAGCCGCCCCAUUAAACAGUUGAAUUCUUCGAGUAAUUUAAUCCCAAAUUUCACUUUUGAAGAUUAAUAAAUUUACUACUUUUUCUGUUUUGUUGCUCAUAUGUAAUAAUAAUUGAUCAAAUAGA